AUGCAUCAAGGGGGCAAAACAAAAGCAGCCUGCAGGCCUGGGUGCCACAGGCCAUUGCUGCCGGGCAAUGACGAGCUCAGUCUCGGUGUCGGUGCCAUCGCGGGCACAGGGCGGGGGAGCCACGAGAUAAUUAUCCAUUCCCAAGAGAAGGAACACGAUGAUCCGGAUUAUAUUCCCAUCAACAGCCGCUUUAAAUGCGUACAAGAAGCAGAAGAGACUCUUCUGAUUGAUAUAGCGACGAACACAGGCUGCAAGAUCCGGAUACAAGGUGAUAAGACAGCUGAGCGGCUCUUUGAAAUCCCUGAUGAGGAGCGUUGCUUGAGCUUCCUUGCAGAAAUACAGAGCAUCCAGGAAGCCCAGUUGAAAGCUUCUCCGCCUGAAAAUAAGGACUCAGACAGCUGGCAUCAAGUGAAGAAUGUCUCAGGCUUAUCACAGGCCCCUGUUUCAGGAGAUCUGGGUUUUGAGGAUGACUUCAAUGCAAUAAGCCUGGAGAAGAAAAGAAACGUGCAAAACCAUCAAAUGGGAUCUCGCCGGGAACCUCCACCUCCUCCUGUGUCUCAAAAUAGGCAAUUUCACCGAGAGAAUGCAUCAAGGGACCAGCCAAAAGUAACCAACACUAUGCGCAAAAUGUUUUCGCCCAACACCCAGUCGGGACAAAGAGAAGGUCUUAUCAAACACCUGCUUGCCAAGAGAGAGAAUGAGUAUGUUAACCUCCAGAACUUCAGGUUUUUUGUGGGCACGUGGAAUGUGAACGGGCAGUCACCAGACAGCAGCUUGGAGCCCUGGCUUGUGUGUGACCCGGAGCCUCCAGACAUCUAUUGCAUCGGAUUCCAGGAACUGGACCUCAGCACGGAGGCUUUUUUCUACUUUGAUUCUUCAAAGGAGCAUGAGUGGCUGACUGCUGUGGAGAAGUCCUUGCACCCUCAGGCUAAGUAUAAGAAAGUGCAAGCGGUCCGUCUGGUUGGGAUGAUGCUACUUGUAUUUGCUAAGAAGGAUCAGAUGAGCAAUAUCAAAGAUGUCAUGAUAGAGAGUGUGGGCACUGGAGUCAUGGGAAAGAUGGGUAACAAAGGUGGAGUGGCUAUGAGGUUUGUCUUCCACAACACAACCUUCUGCAUUGUCAACUCCCACUUAGCCGCUCACGUGGAGGAUUUUGAGCGGCGAAAUCAGGACUACAAGGAUAUCUGUGCUCGGUUGAGUUUCCUGUCCCCUGAUGACAGUCUACCUCAGCUCAACAUUAUGAAACAUGAUGUUGUCAUCUGGUUUGGAGACUUGAAUUACAGGCUUUGUCUCCCUGAUGCCAGUGAGGUGAAAAGUCUGAUCAGUAAGAAUGAGCUUCAGACACUAUUGAUGUACGACCAGUUGAAUAUUCAGCGGGCUCAAAGGAAAGCAUUUGCCGAUUUCUUCGAGGGAGAUAUUAAAUUCAUCCCCACGUAUAAAUACGACUCUAAAACAGAUCGCUGGGAUUCCAGUGGGAAGUGUCGUGUGCCAGCAUGGUGUGAUCGGAUCCUCUGGAGAGGGGGGAACAUAAAUCAGCUCCGAUACCGCAGUCAUAUGGACCUGAAGACUAGUGACCACAAGCCAGUCAGCGCGCUGUUCCGCAUUGGGGUAAAGGUUGUGGAUGACCAGAGAUACCGGAAGGUCUUUGAAGACAUAGUUCGUAUGAUGGACAGAAUGGAGAAUGAUUUCCUUCCUUCGCUGGAGCUAAGCAGGAGAGAAUUUGAGUUUGAGAAUGUAAAAUUCCGGCAGCUGCAGAAGCAGAAGUUCCAGAUCACCAAUAAUGGGCAGGUCACCUGUCACUUCUCCUUCAUCCCAAAACUCAACGAUAUCCAGUACUGUAAGCCAUGGCUUCGGGCCGAGCCUUGUGAAGGUUACUUGGAGCCAAAUGAGAGUGUGGACAUCUCCCUGGAUGUGUACGUCAGUAAGGACUCGGUGACCCUUCUGAACUCAGGCGAGGAUAAAAUUGAGGAUAUUCUUGUCCUUCAUCUGGACCGAGGGAAGGACUAUUUUCUCACCAUCAGUGGGAGUUACCUGCCCAGCUGCUUUGGCACCUCCCUGGAGGCACUGUGCCGAAUGAGACGACCAAUCCGAGAAGUUCCAGUCACUAAACUCAUUGACCUGGGAGAAGACAGCUUCUUAGAAAAGGAGAAGUCCGUUCUGCAAAUGGGCUCCCUGGACAGCGAGGAUGCAAGUGAGAUGCCACUGCAGGUGCCAAAGGAGAUCUGGCUCUUGGUGGACCACUUGUUCAAGAACGCCUGCCACCAGGAGGACCUGUUCCAGACUCCCGGCAUGCAGGAGGAACUGCAGCAGAUCAUUGACUGCCUGGACACCAGUAUCCCCGAGACAAUCCCGGGCAGCAACCACUCCGUGGCCGAAGCGCUGCUCAUCUUCCUGGAGGCCCUGCCGGAGCCCGUGAUCUGCUACGAGCUCUACCAGCGCUGCCUGGACUGCUCGCACGACAGCCGCCUCUGCCGCCAGGUGAUUUCUCAGCUGCCCCGUUGCCACCGCAGCGUGUUCCGGUACCUGAUGUCGUUUCUGCGGGAGCUCCUCAAGUACUCAGAAGACAACAACGUCAGUGCCAACAUGAUCGCCACCCUGUUCACCAGCCUCCUCCUGCGGCCUCCACCCAAUCUGAUGGCAAAACAGACUCAGCAAGACCGCCAGCGUGCAAUCAGCUUCCUCUUCGGCUUCUUGCUCGCAGGGGACGAGGAGUGACCCCCGCAGCUGUGCCAAAGCUGGGGCCCUGCACUCCAGGCUCUGGGCUGAGGCCAGGCCUCUGCCAGCUCCCGAAGGUUGGAAGGCUCCAGGCUACUCCACGUGCUGUGUUUACAGUGAGAAAGGAAGCGGUUUCCUCCUUCCCACUGCUGUACCCUCUACUGCAGAGGACCUGCACGCUCAUUGCACUGCCAUCCAAGUCAGGAGCCUUCUGCUUUCUCCCUAGGAUCUAGGUGGCCCUGCUGGUGCCCAAUCACUGUGCCGGCAGCCUGGCCUUCCCUCAGCAGUGUCACCAGCACC